UUGUUCCUACUACUUUGAGCGCCAUCUUGUUUGUAAUUCUUCUACGUAAGUGGCAGAGUUCCUACUGAGGGGGUAUCCAAUUACCCUUUUUCCAGACUGGGAACCUCUCCCUGCAGUAAACAGGCGCCUGUCGUACUUGCUUUAUCGCCGCUCUCUUACAAUUUAAGGCAUACUAUUUCUAAGUGGACAGAAAUGAGCAUCGAAACCCUUCUGGAAGCAGCUAAGUUUCUGGAAUUGCAAGCCCAGCAACAACAGAAAGCACGUGAGGAUGAAUUUAAGGAGAAGCUGACAGAGCAGAGGCACUCGGAUGUGAACUCUAACUCAAUCCACAUCAACCAUGUUUCUAAAGCAGAGGAGCUCCGCACCGAGUGUCGCCCAGCCCCCAUACCGCCCUCUCUGCCUCUGCCCUCCAUACCCAUUACUGUUAUCCCCAUCCCUGUGGUCACUUCCAACCCUACAGGCUCAGGCACUCUACCUGUCACCACGCUCUCCCCUCCAGCUGCUCUUCCGGUGGCCUCCCCAAGGAUAGACCCUCACUCCCCCCAGGAGCAAAGUGCUGCAACUGUGCCGUGCUCUCCACAUCUCAAACCUGACCACUUGACCUCUGUCUUGGCUGCCAACCACAGGCAACCGAUACAGAACCACCAUCACCCACAGCUCAUCGUACAAACUAGCACCACUGAACUGCAGCAGCAGACACACCAACAGCUGGUCCAGUGCUAUGCUGGUUCCAUCGUCUCACCCGUGCAGCAACAUGCCUUACUCUCACAGUCGGGUCCUGUGCUGCAGCAGGCUCCUCUGCAAAAUGGCCCCAUCAGCCGGGGCAGCCCUUCUGACGACAACAACCAGCUAGACAACAAGAAGAGGCCUGGAGCAGUGGGCACAAGAGAAGUGCAUAACAAGCUUGAGAAAAACAGACGAGCGCACCUGAAGGAGUGUUUUGAAACCCUGAAAAAGAACAUCCCCAACAUUGAUGAGAAGAAGACUUCCAAUUUGAGCGUGCUAAGAAGUGCGCUGAGAUACAUUCAGACACUGAAGCGGAAAGAGAAGGAGUACGAGCAUGACAUGGAGCGCCUGGCGAGGGAGAAAAUAGCCACGCAACAACGACUAGCAGAACUGAAGAAUGAGCUGAGCCAGUGGAUGGAUGUGAUAGAGAUCGACCGUGUUGUGCGACAAACAGUGCAGCCUGAGGAGGACCAGGCCUCGACCUCCACUGCCUCAGAAGGUGAAGAUGUAAUGGACAAUGAUCUUGAUGAGGAAACUAUGCUGAGAGCACAGACUGCUUUACCCUCUGUGCCCCAAACCAUGAAACCUGAGCUGUACAAGACUGCAACACCCACCCAGACCCCAACCCUGACACCUACUACUACCACCUCCAUCCUCACUCAACACAUCUCCAUCCAGCACAAAGCCCCUCUGCACCAGCCUCAGCUGCUGUCGGCAACUCCUGCCCAGCCAAUGUCCAAGCCUGCGCCUCCACCUGCGCUUGCAGCAACAACAUCCAGCAGUCCCACCGCCCCUAGUCAAGCCUUGAUCCUCACCCAGACACAGAUGGCAACCACGCCCACCCUACACCCCACAGUUAUUGCCCACACAUCAGUGUCCCAUCCCUCUGUCAUCCAAGCAGUCAACCAUGGCAUCCAGGGAGAGGGUCCCAAACACAUUAUGCACCUGGCUUCUUCCUCCCCCACCAGCUCUGUUCAGUUAGCCCCUGGCCACCAGCCCAUUGGCCACAUCACCGUGCACCCAGUGGCUCACCUGAGUCAGCAUCUGCCUGCCCUCUAUCCUCAGCCAGUGGCUGUCACACAGCCAGCUGUGGUCAGUCACAUCACUCACACAUUAAACCACGCCCAGGUGAAUGGUGCUACCCCCAGCCAGCCAGCUGCCACCAUCACUGGCAAACAGACAGCACUGAGCACCCAAAUGGUGACCCACCACACCCAGCUGGUGGGGCAGACGGUACUCAAUCCUGUAACAAUGGUGACGAUGCCCUCGUUCCCCAUCAGCACUCUGAAGCUGGCCUGAACACCAACAGUAGGACCAGGCUGCAGAAAGAAAUCCCCCAUGAUAGGGGAGACCCACAGGUCACAGACCAGCAAGUGACAAGCCCACAGCAAGGGCAGGAGAGCUGCUGGCCACCUUACUGAUAAAUAUUACAGCACAUUAAGCAUUACAGCUGUUAAAAAGCAACCAGGAACAUUCCUAAAACAAAGUGCAAACCUCUUUCAACACUAGCCUACUGCAGUGUCCUAAACUCUCAAUCCAGAAAUUGGGAUAUGCCAGACUGCAUGUGGUUGAGUGUGUGGGGUAAUGCAUAGUUUUUAGACUCAUUUGCCAUCUCUUAUUACAGAUAAUGGAACAGUAGUCAUUUUCUCAUGAGAUUUACAGAAACUGUUUCAUAUAGGAAAAGGUUAGGUUCCCCAUGUAGGUACAGGUGAAUGACUGUGCUUCCCAGAUGGCUGUGGAGUAACCCAUACUAGAUUAUGUACUGAGAGGAUACAC